AUGAGCCCCUCAGAUAUCGUCACGCUGGACAAUCUCGCCGAGGCGAUACCAAAAUGGAGCCCGGAUGAUGAAAAUCACCUGUAUGCCGUUGUAGACAUGGGCAGCAAUGGCAUUCGAUUUUCUAUAACAUCACUAGCACCGCCUAAGACGCGGUUACUCGCCCCCAUAUAUUCUUCUCGUGCUGGGAUAUCCUUAUUCGAUGCCCUGGAGCCCUCCAGUACAGGCGAACUAGUGUUUUCUCAGUCCACCAUAUCGUCAGUCUCGUCAACGCUGGCGCAGUUCAAGGAGCUGGCAGACCUCCACCAUGUCCCACCGUCGCAUGUCAUGGUCUUCGCCACCGAGGCUAUGCGUCGUGCUGCCAACUCUGCUGCCAUGCUCACCGCCAUUGCUGAGGCUACGGGUGGGCUCAGGGUACAGAUUCUGGAGCCUUCGGUGGAAACUCUCUUCGGGGCCGUCAUGGGCUCAAGAAGCAGCCUGACUGAUGUUAGUGAUGGCGCCUUGUUCUUGGACCUUGGCGGUGGCAGUGUUCAGAUCACCUGGGUCGACACCUCGCUCGAUGAUUAUGAAAUCCUUGCUGCCCGGGCCGGCAACAGCAUGCCAUUUGGAGCUGCAAAGCUCACCCGCGUAUUCCAAGAGGGCGACGUGGGCGUCCAGACUACAGAGUCAGACAAGCUCAAGGUCUCUAUGCAAGCUGCGUUCGACAAUCUGUGCUCUCUGUUUCCCAAGCUACAGAACAUUAGAGAGUCUUAUGAAAGGGGCGAAGAUGCCAAAGUCAAUGUGUACAUGUGCGGUGGUGGCUGCCGAGGGUACGGCAGCAUGCUCAUGCACAACGACGAGAUAUCUCCCUACCCUAUUACCUCGAUUGGUAGUUACACUGUGACCGGAGCCUCGUUCAAGAAGGUCACUGAGAUGCGUCGCAUCAAUGACACCUACGAUGGGAAAAUCUCCGGGCUGUCAAAGAGACGCCGGCAGCAGUUUGAUGCCAUCUCGGCUGUCAUGGAGGCCUUCACAACAGCCGUGCCAAAUGUAAGGCGUGUCACCUUUUGUAAAGGAUCAAACCGUGAUGGUGCUUUGAUGAUGAAACUCCCGCGAGCGAUUCGCGAAAGCAAUCCCCUGGAUGUGAUAGCGGACGUGGAUCCUGGCGACAAGCCUCUGUUCGGGGCAGUGGCGAGCCUCCUCGCAAAGGCCAUACCACCCGAAGCACAGCUUGAUCAAGUCCCUACAGUUCUCAAUAUUGACGGACUUCGGUCACUUUUUGUCAAGGAGAUUUGGACCCGGGCAGGCUACGAGGCUGACUCCAAUGCUUCUUUUUCUCUUCAUUAUGCCAUUUGCCGUGAUGCUGACGCUCCUGGUCUGAGCCAUCUGGCUAGGGCACUCUUGGGCACAACUAUUGCAGCUAGAUGGGGAUCAAGCAUGGGGCCUGUCGAUGCACAGCUGGCAGAUCUACUCGGAGGCAUCCUAAAGAGGUACAGCAAGGAAGCCAUAUUCUGGGCCUUGUACAUUGGUGCGGUUGCCAACGCAUUAGUUACAAUCCUCCCUGUGCGUCCAAGUAACGUUGAGAUUUUGCAAAAAUCCAUACAAUUUGAUGCACGCCUUCUCAAGGUGCCAGAUGAGAAGGACAGUAUCCAACUGUCGAUCAGCGUUCAACCCCAGAUCCUCCGCUCCGUUGAUGCGGAGGAACUCUCCUCCCGGUUUAAAUCAAUACUCAAGAUCGGAGACAAGAAACCCAAAAAGAAAACUGCUGUCAAUAUACUUCCCCUCACACAAUAG